UUUGUUUCUUGUAGAAUAGGUAUAUUUCAAUUUAUUUCAAUACAGACUUGUAAUCUGAACCUUUUUUUUACAUUGUGCAUCAAGAUUUGUGAAUAUAGUGCUAUUGCCAGGGCGGAUUGAUUGUUUUAUAUUUCUUGUCGAUAAAAUAAGGUUUAGAGAAACUUUGCAACAAUGAGUGACCAUCAGCCGUGCAAAGCUAUAAACAAGUUGUUUGAGAAGAGAGAGCCAUGGCAGAUAGUUGGUAUCACAGCAUCCUCGGUGCUCGCCAUGGUGUGGGUUUAUGAUCUCAUGACUGGCAGAGAAAGUGCAACAGUUCGCAUGCGCAAAGAGUUCUUCAGAUGGGUGCGGAGGAUACCGAUGGUCCGCAGGAAGAUUGAGGAGAAGAUGGCAGAGAUCAACAAUGACUUCAGGAAGGAUGUCAGGAAACGACUGGCCGGAGUCAAUGUGAGACGGGAACUACCAUUGAAGGGGCUGAGUGCGGAACAAGUGGCCGAGGAAGUCAAAGAUCAUUUGAGCUUAGGCACAGUAGACUGGAAGGGCGGCAACGUCUCAGGCGCAGUGUACCACCUCAGCGAGGAAAUAUCUAAAGUUGCGUGCGACGCGUACGCUCUAACCGCUUACACCAACCCGUUGCAUGCUGACGUGUUCCCUGGGAUCAACAAGAUGGAGGCCGAGAUUGUGAGGAUGGCGGUCAACCUGUUCCAUGGUGAUGACGAGGCGUGCGGGACGGUGACAACAGGUGGAACAGAGUCUAUUCUAAUGGCAUGCAAGGCUUUCCGCGACCUCGCUCACAGUAAAGGCAUCAAGAACCCACAGAUGAUUGUGCCGUCGACUGUACACUCCGCUUUCGACAAGGCUGGGCAAUACCUCAAUAUUUCCAUCAAGACUAUUCCCGUGGAUCCGGUCACUAUGACCGUGGAUGUCGAGGCUGUGAGGAAGGCUAUUGGGUCUAGGACUUGCUUGAUCGUAGGCUCAGCGCCUAACUACCCGUACGGCACAAUGGACAACAUCGCCGCAUUGUCCCAGCUCGCAGUAGAAUACGAGGUGCCUCUGCACGUGGACGCGUGCCUUGGCGGCUUCGUGUCCGUGUUUAUGGAGGAAGCGGGGUAUCAGAUACCGCCUUUUGAUUUUAGACUGAAGGGCGUGGCUAGUAUUUCUGCUGAUACGCAUAAGUACGGCUACGCUCCCAAAGGCACGUCGGUAGUGUUGUACCGGUGCGCCGAGUACCGCCAGCAGCAGUACACCGUCACCACCGAGUGGCCGGGCGGCGUGUACGGCUCGCCCACUGUCAACGGAAGUCGUGCGGGCGGCCUUAUAGCAGCGUGUUGGGCGACCAUGAUGUACGUCGGCAAAGAACGAUACGUGCAGAUGACGAGGGAGAUCAUUGACACCGCCAGAUACAUCGAGAGAGAGUUACGUCUUAUCGAUGGUAUCUUCGUGUUUGGAAAGCCCGUGACCACAGUCAUAGGCUUUGGAUCAAAGAAAUUCGACAUUUUCAAAAUGGCCGACCUUCUGCACAAAAAGGGAUGGAGCUUGAACGCUCUACAGUUCCCAUCUGGGAUCCACAUUUGCGUGACCCACGCUCACACGCAGCCGGGCGUGGCGGAGCGUUUCGUAAAGGACAUCCAGGACACCACGGCCGCCUGCCUCAAGGAAAAGGGCAGUCCAGUGGAAGGAAAGAUGGCGAUUUACGGUGUCGCCCAGGAGAUAUCCGACAGGAGUCUGGUGUCAGACAUCACCAAGCACUUCAUUGACUCCAUGUACUAUUUGCCGAAGCCCGAUGAAGUUUAGUUUCACAUAAUUUUAUUCACUAUGUAAUACGUUAAAUAACUUUUGAUUGUGCUGCAUUAUUAUAUUUGAAAAGCCCAUGCUAAGCAUUCAGUAAAUAUUCAAAAUAUACGUAACAUCACUAACAAAUUGUAGAGGUUUGAUGAAGGCAAAUGGAUAUUUAUGUUAUAAAUUAAUCAAUCUGUAAACGUAUAUUCAGUUUUAUCUAGGUUCAAGUUUAUAUUAGUAGGUAAACUAACGAAGGACAAUAAUGUCAGAGUCAAGUAUUUUUGUAUAUUGUUAGUUGAAUCUGUAUUUUGAAUUAGAGAAAUACCUAAGUGCAUUUAGUAAUCGCGUUAUUAAGGAAUCUAGUAUUAGAAUGUCCUGAAAUAGAUAGGUAAGGUAAAACAUCAUUCCAGUCAAGUGCCUAGUAUUUUUAUAAUAUUUUGUAUAAUCCUGUAUAUUUUUUACGAUAAUGUUUACUACAGUAAGAAAUUGAGUUUCAAAUCGGUGUUAAUUUAUAAUCCACAUAAUAAUUGUAAAGGUUUCUGUAUGUUUUAUGGUAAGGUAGAACUAUGGUUUAGAAUCUGGCCUGAAAUUCAUAGCUAUAAGGUUUUCAGAAAAGAGAGAGAUGAUGAAUAUAUUUAUUGUUAUCACAAAAUUUUAAUGUAAUCUUAUGGUUAUCAUUUCCAUGAUGUAUAUAAAAUUGUGUUAAAUAAAAUAACUUUGUUGUA